AUGAGGAGGAGGGGGGGGGGCGGCGGUUUCGCAGUUAUUAUAGUUUGGCGAGUUAAUUUGCCGCAGAAUGUUAAAAUCGCGGGGUCGGGAUCAGAACUGAAAUACCGGAAUCUCGAGGCUGAAGAAUCAAAGACUGAGUUGUAUGCGGCCGUUCCGGGUAUUCGUAAAUCGUUGUUGGGCGUUCAUGCGAAACAGUUCGGCGAAAAGUUUCAUCACUUGCAACGACGAUUGAGCCGGCCGACCUCUCGGACCAGCUUGUACAGUUCGACGGAUUCAUUAGCGGCUGAAGCGAGUGAAGGCGAGGGCGGCGCCAGAAGCCGUCACUCAGAAUCGAGUAGCGCCGGGCCAGCCACCCCGUCCGGCACGGGACACACCACUAACCCCCUUAAGAGCUUGACGCAAGUGGAUGGUGAGUAA